UAACUUUCCCGCAAUCUUCUUCGAUAAUCACUUUCAUGUAUAUCCCUUGUUCUAACAAUGUUGCAUGGCCACGAUAAUUGCUUGAAGUUCACUUUCCAUUACGUUUUUGAACUUUCCUGCCGAUUCCUUGUCCUGCUCCUUUAUAUGUCCCAUACUUUUCCUCGUAAGACCCAUCCAGCUUGGCUUGGUAUAGCCGCAUUAAUACAAGAACCAUCAGACAGUUCUUGUUUCAGACUCUUCAUCAACUCAAAGGAAGGAGAACGUUUAGAAACCUCGACUUCCAAAGCUGUUUUAAGUCGAGUAAUUCUGUCACGUGAGUUUAAGUCAGAACGCUUUUUCCAGUUCAUUAUCUUGUGACUGACACCUUUUAAUACGAUCCAGUGUUCUGUUUUGAUCACCUUCCAUUUGUUUUGGUUUAGCUAUAAUAUUUUCUUAAUCAGAGCAGAAUUUUUUGGUUAGUGUUUCUAUUCAUUAAUACAUUAUAGUACCCUUUAUAGUUAUUAUUUUCAUUAAUAUGGUCAGUCAAAGGCGAUUGAAAUUGAAAUCAACAAAAUCCGCCUUUCCUUUACUAGCGUUGUUUUGUUGACUUAACUUCGAUAGAUGAAGUGUGCACAAAAAAAAAACGUGCACAAUUCGAUAGAUGAUGUUACUUCACAAACUCAUAAAUCAUAACUUCAGUAACUAAUGUUAGAUCCUGUAAAAUUAAUGAAACCAUGAUGUUACUUCACAAACUCAUAGCAAUAGAUGUAUAAACCAUAACAAACACUAGUGAUCGACCUUUUGAUCUUGAGCAGAUCAAGAAACAAAGUUAUGAACAAGUCAUGACCUAAAUAAAAAACUAUGCAAACACACAGCUUGAGAUUUCAAAUUUUACACAAAAUCCCUUAAACUGAUUCAAACCGGUACAUCGGUUUGCCAAACCCGUCUUUAAAUUGGUUUGGUUUUCUAUUUAAUUUUGGUCAACGUAACGUGGCUUAAGACUUUGAGCUGUUAUAAAGUUGUUUUCAGUUAGGAAUAUGAUUGGUGCCUACUCAUAGUGGGACCCUCGUAUGUAAUAAAACAGAGUUCUUUCUGUCUUUCCCCUCUUCAAUGGCGAUUUCCACGUUUAGCUCUCUGCUUCGAUACAGGAAAUGGGCUAAGAGCAAUUGGCUUGUGGCUUCCCUCGGACUCCUCUUGAUUGUGUUCUCCCUCUCUUUCUUCUUAGACCUCACGUCAGACUCUGUCCCUUUCGUUGACCAUAAUCCUCCCAUCGCAUCCCCAUCUGAUCUGGUCAAACUCAAGCUGUCUAGUAAAGCUAAAGAGAGAGGAGCAUUUUGCUUGGAUGGAAGCUUGCCUGGUUACCACUUUAGUAAGGGUUCGGGAUCUGGCACCAAAAGCUGGCUUAUUCAUCUUGAGGGUGGAAGCUGGUGCAAUACAAUAGCGUCAUGUUCUGCUCGAGCAAUGACUAGGUUAGGCUCUUCCAAAUACUUUGAACAUGAAGUGUCUUUUCAAGGUGUUUUAAGCAGUGACCCAUCUCAAAACCCUGAUUUCUUUAACUGGAACAGAGUUAAGGUACGGUACUGUGAUGGUGCUUCUUUUGCUGGACGUCCUGAAGCUGAAUUCAAGAACGAAACACGUCUUUUCUUCCGGGGCCAGCUUAUUUGGGAGGCGAUUAUUGAUGAACUGUUGUCAAUGGGCAUGUCUAAUGCGAAACAGGGCAUACUAACAGGAUGUUCUGCUGGUGGCUUGGCAUCUCUUAUACAUUGUGACUACUUUAGAGAUCAUCUGCCAAAAGAUGCAUUUGUCAAGUGUGUUUCUGACGGAGGCUUCUUUCUUAACGUGCCUGAUGUCCUUGGAAACCCUACCAUGAGAUCUUUCUAUCGUGAUGUUGUUAAACUACAGGGCCUAGAUAAGAGCUUGGAUCAGAAAUGUGUAGCCAGAACGGAGCCAUCCAAGUGUAUGUUUCCUCAAGAAUUCGUUAACAACAUAAGAACACCACUCUUUCUUCUCAACGCAGCUUAUGAUUAUUGGCAGAUUCAACAUGUCUUGGUACCAGCUUCUGCUGAUCUAGAUAAAAGUUGGGCAAAGUGUAGACUCAAUAUUAAAGAAUGUGAUGAUGAACAGAUGAAAGUUCUACAUGGUUUUCGCAGCUCUCUAAUGGAUGCCAUUGGGAAGUUUCACCAGAACAAAGCUGGUGGGAUGUUCAUAGAUUCUUGCUACUCUCAUUCCCAGAUGCUUAAGCCAGUGAUGUGGCACUCCCCAACCUCAACAAGAAUUAAAAAUAAGAGAAUUGCGGAGUCUGUAGGUGACUGGUACUUCAACCGCAAACCGGUGAAGCUAAUUGACCGUCCUUACCCGUGCAACCCUUAUUGUUACAACAUGAAUUUCACCUGAACUUGCCUUAUAGCUGCAUUGACCAUCCCCUCUGCUUCUGGUAUUUAUUCAUCCGAGGAGCAGCCAUUUCAUUGAAUUCUUGAUCCGGUUGAGUCCUAGAGAAAGCUUUGUAUUCUAAUGAAGUUGAUUAGUGAGAGACAUUAUUACAAUGUACAAUCCAUAUUGGCAUGUUUUCCACGUUGGAAUCUCCUGAGAUUGCAUAUUUAUAUAUUAUUGUGGUCGUUAUGUAUUGUAACGAGGUUGGUUGCUGUGUAAAGAAGUUCCUCCAGUGUUAUGGGAGCAGCAUAUCUUAAUUCUUAAACGUAGAUAUUUGAGUUUU